CCUCCCCGCUGGCAGGGCAUGAGCCAGCGGCGGGGGAGCGCUCUCUGCGUGGCCGGCGCUUCUCGCCAGCUCCGGGUCGGGGCCGGGAGGCGAGACCGGCGGUUUGCUGAGGCUGCGGCGGCGGUAGCGGCGGAGAAACUGAAAGCAAUCUUAAACAUACCAGGUGCAGAGCACAAUACAGUAGCCAUGAAUGACAUUGCACAGAAAACUGAGAUUCUGCUUGCUUCAUCUAAACCCGUCCAAAAAUCGUAUGUGCCCAAGCUUCACAAGGGUGAUGUAAAGGAUAAAUUUGAAGCUAUGCAGAAAGCAAGGGAAGAAAGAAAUCAAAGGAGAUCUAGAGAUGAAAAGCAAAGAAGAAAAGAACAAUAUGUUAGAGAGAGAGAAUGGAACAGGAGAAAGCAGGAGAUGAAAGAACUGCUUGGAUCUGAUGAAGACGAUGACGCAAAAUUAUCUAAAAUAGAAAAAGGUUAUGUUCCAAAGCUAAUAGGAACCGUUAAAGGCAAGUUUGCAGAAAUGGAGAAGCAAAGGCAAGAAGAAGAAAGAAAAAGAAUGGAAGAAGAAAGAAAGCGCAGAAUUGAACAAGAUAUGAUUGAGAAAAGAAAAAUUCAAAGAGAAUUAGCAAAAAAAGCACAGGAGAUUGAUGACUUUAACAAUACGGGAACUGACUCAGCAGCUGAGGAAGGGGAUGAUUCACUGCUAGUUACAGUAGUGCCUGUAAAACCCACCAAAACACCUGGGAAGAUGAAAACAAACUUUGAGAACACAGGAAAGAAGAGAGCAGAACAAAGAGAGAGACAGGAUGAAGAAACAAAGCUAAAACAUGAGGAACAAAAACAAUGCCUUAAGGAAACCAAGUGCCUUUCAUUCGUCACGGGUGAAAAUGAAGACAAUGAAACACAAGAGCCUCUGUCUCCUGGUAAGUUGAAAGUAACAUUUGAAGAACUUGAAAGACAGAGACAGGAAAAUCAAAGGCGGCAAGCAGAGGAAGAAGCAAGACAGCGUUUAGAAGAGGAAAAACGUGCUUUUGAAGAAGCUAGACAACAAAUGGUAAAUGAAGGUGGCGAUGAAGAAUCUGAAAAUUCUGUUAGAGAAUUCCGUCCUGGUAAACUCAGACUCAGUUUUGAGGAGAUAGAAAGACAGAGGAGAGAAGAGGAGAAGAGGAAAGCAGAAGAAGAUGCAAGAAGACGCAUAGAAGAGGAGAAAAGAGCAUUUGCUGAAGCAAGGAAGAACAUGCAGGUGCUGGAUGAUGAAUCACCAGAAAUGUUUAAAACAGUUUCUCAAGAAUCUCUCAUACCUGGUAAACUGGAAAUUAAUUUUGAGGAGUUGCUGAGACAAAAAAUGGAAGAAGAAAAGAGACGCACAGAAGAAGAGCGUAGGCAAAAGUUGGAAAUGGAAAAGCAAGAAUUUCAACAGUUAAGACAAGAAAUGGGAGAGCUGGAAGAAGAGUCUGAAACUUUUGAGCUAAGCAAAGAAUAUGAAGAAUUAAUAAAGCUAAAAAGAAGUGGUUCUAUUCAGGCAAAGAACUUAAAAAGCAAGUUUGAAAAAAUAGGACAAUUGUCUCAAGAAGAAAUACAGAAGAAGAUUGAAGAAGAGCGAGCUAAGAGAAGAGCAAUGGAUGAAGAAAUAAGGGAAAGGGAAGCCGAAAAAUUUCAAGAGGAUGAUGAGGUAGAUGUGAGACCAGCCAAGAAAUCUGAGGCUCCGUUUACUCAUAAAGUAAACAUGAAGGCCCGUUUUGAACAAAUGGCAAGAGCAAGGGAAGAGGAGGAGCAGCGGAGAAUUGAAGAACAGAAAUUACUACGCAUGCAGUUUGAACAAAAAGAAAUUGAUGCGGCAUUACAGAAGAAAAGGGAAGAGGAAGAAGAAGAAGAGGGAAGCAUUAUUAAUGGUUCUACUUGCGAAGAUGAGGAGGAUCAAGCUCGAUCUGGAGCUCCCUGGUUCAAGAAGUCACUGAAAAACACAUCAGUUGUUGAUGGCGAGCCAGUGAGAUUUACAGUUAAAAUUACCGGAGAACCAAAACCUGAAGUUACAUGGUGGUUUGAAGGGGAAAUGUUGCAGGACUCUGAGGACUAUCAAUAUAUUGAAAGAGGAGAAACCUAUUGCCUUUACUUGCCAGAAACCUUCCCAGAAGAUGAAGGGGAAUAUAUGUGUAAAGCAGUCAAUAACAGAGGCACAUCUGCUAGCACCUGUAUUCUCACCAUUGAAACUGAUGACUACUAAUGCUCUACUUUAGCUGGAAUCUUUCUUCCCCUCAAAACUUUCUUAUUGCAUCAUCUCUUUCUCUGAUGGGGCCAACUAAAGAAAGCAAGGAUAUGCAUUGAUUUGUCAUUCCUGCACCAGAUAAGAAUAACCUUCAAAUUGUGAGAGUGUCCAGGUUCCUUGCUCAAUACAAAAAAUGAGUAUUAAAGGCUAAAAGGAAGGAAUCAACAUAUGAAAGAUCAACUAAAGGAAAAAGCUGAAUGAUAACAGUGGUCCCGCAUUUGAAGGCCAACUGUUGUGUAAUAGUAUAAAGCUAAAUACUCAAUCUGGAAACUUGUGUAGUAGUGUAAAUCUAUUGGUGUAUUUUGCAUGAACACUGAAUAUUUAAGCUGUUUUACUUUAUCCCAGAAGCAUUGAACUGGCAAAAGGAAAUACUUAUUGAUGAUUUUGAAAAACCCUAGUGUACUAUUUUUAAAGAAUAAAAGAUUACCUAACUGCUCA